AACAAACAAGAUAAUAGGUUUAUUUGAGUAGUAAGGAACCGGUUAUAACUAACUUCUAUUAAGGCUAUUUGUGCUAUCUAUAGGUGAUGAGCUGGAUUGUUGACUUGCUAUAUCAGGCGAAAGCUUGUUUUGUGUAGAAAUACCUUAUUUGUCAUGAUUCAAAAAAUAUAUAUCACCUUAUUUGGCCUUAUAUUUUACAGUUUACUUUUCUUUGUCUUAUCUUCAAUAAAUAUUGUGCAUCCAUUAAUGGAUAUUGCAUGAUUCUCAGUACUUUCUAUUGGUGACUAUAUAUAUCUUUUGUUUUGUAAUGGCAUGAUUUAUCAUAUCUGAAUUUCUAUAUACAGCAUUCACCUUGUAUAGUGAUUUUGACUCUGGCCUUUUAGAUAUUUAGACUAUGAUCAUCACAAGCUUAUGCUGAUAUUGUUUUGCAUUGUCGAGUUGCACAUGCCCUUUAGACUAAUCUGAAUUAUUUUCUUUGUUAAGGACAAAUGCUCUUUUAGAUACAAAUGGUGUAUAGUUCAGUUAGGAAUCUACCUUGACACAAAUUUGAGACCAAAGAAACUAGAUAUAGACCAGGGAAAAGUUUGUGCCUUGAAGGUUUUAUCAUAAUCCAGAUGACUAACCAUCUUAAUGAGAAUACUUGAGUUCUUCAUCUUUCAAGCAAGGUUGUUAAAAUCCCUGAGUUAACUUGAUGAAUCGUACAGUUUCAAGUUGACUCUGUUGUAAACUUAGAUGAACUCGCACUAACUUGGGUAAACUCAUAAGGAACUUUUAACAAUGUUUUUGAUCUUUUUUUCAUCAUAGUUUUCACAUUCGGUUUCUCUUCUUAUUUGUUAGUUUCAUUUUGUUGAUGUCCGCUUUUUUUUUUCACUGUAUAACUAAGUUGAAAUUUUGAAUUGUUGACCCAUUUAUUUCCGGAAUAAAAUGUAUGCAAAAAUAGUAGUUGAAAAGUUGAUGUAUGUGGAUUAAAUAUUUUACGAUAUACAUUGACCUUUCGGUUACCAUUUUUGCUUAUAUUUUAUCCCGGAUAGAGUACAAGUAAAUAUGUCAUGUGUAUAUUAUUUUUAAUAUAUAUGAUAUAAACUUAUACUAGUCGAGUUUACGAGAGUCAAUUUCAUAUUAGACAAAAUGAAUUUACUUAAACUCUCUAAUUUGACGAUCUUCUUCUAAGAGAAAAACAGUGAAGAACCUAAAUUUUCCUUAUCUUCCUAUUCUUUUCUAACAUUUAUCAAUAUCAUGCUUUGUCAUGGAACUUUUCUCUGCUUUAAUUACAAUUUUUUUUAACUGGAACUAGCUUUAAUUACUUGAGGAUCUUAUUUUGAGGUAAUGACAUCCACUUGAAGAACAAAAAAUAACAUUAAGCAUCUAGUUGCUGAGAUUUGAAAUUAAUUUCUAUAAUAAGGUAUUUUUGUUGUCUUUAUAUUAGUCACCAACUCACCGACAUCAAGGCUGUUUGGUUACUUCUAGUAGUAAUGCUUAAGUUACUAUUUUCAAUUGUGUUAAUACACAUCCUCAGUUAUUGCCCUAUAUGCAUCUAACUAUAUUUUGUGGGUAGGAUGUCAGAAAUUUGUUCUUCCCAUCAUGUGUGGCUCUUAUUCAUCGUUUUGAAACUUGUCAAACACAUACAUAAUGUCAAUUUUGCAGAGCAUGUAGAGGUAGUUGUUCCAGGUGUUGGAUAUAGCCAUUUGGUCUCUAUUCUUCAAUUCUCCAAGAGACUUGUUCAGCUUCAUCCAAACUUUCAUGUCACAUGCUUCAUUCCCUCACUUGGUUCUCUCCCAACUGAUUCAAAAACAAUCCUUCAAACUCUUCCAUCAAACAUCAGCUGUACUUUUCUUCCACCAGUGAACUCCAAUGACCUACCACAAGGGAUUGCUUUAGUACUUCAACUUCAGCUCACACUGACUCACUCACUGCCAUCUAUACAUCAGGCCUUGAAGUCCUUAACUUUAAAGACACCCUUUGUUGCCUUGGUGGUUGAUAUAUCAGCAAUGGAUGCACUGGAUUUUGCUAAGGAAUUCAACUUGUUGUCCUAUGUUUACUACCCUGCUUCAGCCACCAGUUUGUCUUCAUACUUCUAUUUGCUCAAGUUAGAUAAGGAAACAUCAUGCGAGUACAGAGAUCUUCCUGGGCCUAUUCAAAUACCAGGUAGUGUUCCGAUUCAUGGUCGGGAUCUUUUUGAGCUAGCUCAAGAUAGAUCCAGUCAAUCUUACAAAUACUUACUCCAAGGUGUUGAAAAAUUGCGUCUUUUUGAUGGUAUUCUUAUUAAUAGUUUCAUAGAAAUCGAAAACGGUCCUAUAGAAGCACUGACAGACGAAGGAAGUGAAAACCUUCUUGUGUAUGCUGUUGGACCCAUUAUCCAAACACUAACAACAUCUGGUGAUGAUGCUAAUAAGUUUGAAUGUCUGGCAUGGUUGGACAAACAACGGCCUUGUUCAGUUCUGUAUGUGUCUUUCGGGAGUGGUGGAACACUUUCGCAAGAACAAAUUAAUGAGCUGGCUUUGGGUUUGGAAUUGAGUAAUCAUAAAUUCUUAUGGGUUGUAAGAUCACCAAGUAAUACAGCCAAUGCUGCAUAUCUUUCAGCAUCUGAUGUUGACCCUUUACAAUUUUUACCUUCAGGGUUCUUGGAGAGAACAAAGGAACAAGGGAUGGUUAUUCCAUCAUGGGCACCACAGAUUCAAAUCCUUCGUCACAGUUCAGUUGGUGGGUUCUUGACUCACUGUGGUUGGAAUUCAAUGCUUGAGAGUGUGUUGCAUGGUGUGCCACUAAUCACAUGGCCUCUAUUUGCUGAGCAGAGAACGAAUGCGGUUUUGUUGAGUGAAGGACUAAAAGUGGGACUGAGGCCAAAAAUUAAUCAGAAUGGCAUUGUGGAAAAGGUACAAAUUGCAGAGUUAAUCAAGUGUCUCAUGGAAGGGGAAGAAGGUGGGAAACUGCGCAAAAAUAUGAAGGAAUUAAAAGAAUCUGCUAAUAGUGCACAUAAAGAUGACGGGUCUGCUACAAAGACUCUUUCUCAAUUAGUUCUUAAGUGGAGAAACUUUGGUAUUGAAAAACAAGUUUAAUGACAAUAUGCAAUAUUAAGAUCAUCCAAAUCACAUAAUUUAACUUUCAUUGA